GGUCUUCAGAAUCCCGAUGCAAUGUAUCGACUGAGGUCGUUGCUUAUAUUUCAACAUGUUGUGAAGAUGAUGGCUUCGAAAAGAUUGUGCACAGAUAAAGAAAACUUUAGAGAGGUAUUUAUAACACUUGGGCGAGAAAUUUGUUUCUGUUAAGUAAAUCAAGUAAUUCAAAUGUGUUCUGUGCGCGUUUCAAAUGCGUUUCUACGUGCGUUUCAAAUGCGUUCCGUGUGCGUUUCAAAUGCGUUUCGUGUGCGUUUCAAAUGCGUUCCGUGUGCGUUUCAAAUGCGUUUCGUGCGCGUUUCAAAUGUGUUCGUGUGCGUUUCAAAUGUGUUUCGUGUGCGUUUGAAAUGCGUCCCGUGUGCGUUUCAAAUCCGUUCCGUGUGCGUUUCAAAUACGUUCUGUGUGCGUUUCAAAUCCGUUCUGUGUGCUGAUGAUGAUAAUAAUAAUAAUAAUAAUAAUAAUAAUAAUAAUAAUAAUAAUAAUAAUAAUAAUACUGCGUUUUAAUAAUUUCUUUUCAAUCACGCACUUUUGGCCAAACUUUUUCUGUCUCACCACCUUUUUGUUCUUUUUUGAGAUAAAAUUGCCACGCCGAAUUUGAGUAAUAACCAAAGAAUAAGAAUUCAGAUUCCAGCGAUAUUGCAUCAUAAAACACAAUGUUCCUGUCAUCAAUAUCGUGGGUUUUCCCAUACAUCUCCAUCUUUUUCUGCGUCGUAGGAUCUGGACUUUUAUGAUAAACACGGGCUUUCAACUUGUAACCUGGAGCAAAUUUCAUAAUCAUAUCCACAGCAUUACCUUUAGCUUCAAUAUUAUCGUUGUAGUUCUUUAUCUUGUUCAUGUUGCUGUGUAUUACCAGAGGCUUGCUAGGGUUAUUCUGAUCAAUGGCCACAAAGAUAUCACAGCCACCAAGUGGAGAUGUAAAAAACCAUUCUGCUCUGGUUGGGUCCAAAAACAUAAAGGUAUUCGUGUUAUCUACUUGUAAAAGAAAGAACGCUUGAUUAUCGUUAUCCUCGGGCUUGCUCUUUGGAAUAACGUUGAUGAUCGUGUUUUUAGAAUUGUCAAGGACUACUAGGCAGCUCAUAUCUUUUGGAAUAAUUUGUAUGCCAAUGGUUUCUGCUGGGAUAUCACUAUUUCCCUUCACAAUAUACCUUUCGCGGUUCUUUUUAAUCGCAGACCAAGUGCUAAACUCUUUGUAAUCCGGAUAUAGUUGACAAUCCUUUGAGACGACCAAUUCAGUUUCUUCUGUUCCUUUCCCUAAAAGAUUUUGCAAUGCGUUUAUUUCCUGCUUUUUACCACUGGAAAAUACACCACCGCCAGCGGACCUCAUCACGGCAAAAUUCAGGAAAACAAGAACGCAAAAAAAUACAACGGCUUUCAUGUUGAUAGUUAAAUACAAGUGUCACUGCUUCUUCUAAUAUCAGUGCAAUUGUGCAUGUAGAUGAAAUGAAACCGCUGGUGAUCACGACUUUUUAGGUUACUAGAGCCAACAGGUUGUUUGACAAUUGCAUUACGUUAAGGGAUGAUCUAUAAUAGACCUCAAUAAAUUGAGACCUUGGUAAAUUUAGCACGUUUAAGCCUCGACAGGUGUAAUUGUUCUUGUUCAUUAAAGCAUUGUUGGCCGGAAAUUGUCUAUUCGUUCUCAACAGGUGUCUACACUGAAGCGAUUAAUUCACACCGGACCCCCAAACAUCGAGGCAUUUUAUAUAGUUCGUUGUCUUGUGAUUUUUUUUAGUUUAAAUGGGUUUGAAUUUUAGCAAGCUAUUUCUUGGGAGUUUUAGCUUCUCUCUCUCUAAUUUGCCCAAUUUUUGGGUGUAGUUUUUCACAAGUUAUACUCUGUUUUGGGCCGUUACUGAAACAACUAGGAUUUAUAUUCUCAGAAUCUCAGUUAAGCUAUCUUGUGUCAAAGAAAUAUAAUGGGCCUUUUUAUAGCAGUCGCUUUAUUUUAUUGAAGGUUUUGAAGAUUUUUGAAUAAAUGGCGGGGUAAUCCUCAAAACCUUCAAUAAAAUAAAGCAACUGCUAUGCCAGCUAUUGUUUUCGUGGCCCCUUUAGAGAUGGGGGCACGGGGCAAAGUGCUCCCUACUUCUAUGCGGCCCUGUGGUAUCCGAAAUGGAAUUACACUAAACAAAAAUGAGUGCUAUGCGCGCAAAAUAUAACAGUAUUUAACCAGAGACUAGUGUCAAAGUCACCUAACGCUUGCGUGCGUUUAGUAACAUUGGCGAGUUUAAUGCAAAUAUUAGUAAUAUCAUGUCCUAGACUGUCGUGCGACAAGUUUGCAGUCAAAAUUGUUGCUAUUACUAUUAUAUCCUCUUUUGAUUCUAAAAGGAAAUAUGUGUUUUGAUACUACUCAAUGUAUAAGUUUAAUACAUUACUCUGAACAUCACAGUCGCUAUGCUAUAAAGUACGAUAUUUUAUCGUAACUUUCCGAAAGCUUGACUAGAGUAUGUUCUAUAUUGAAAUGCCUAUAUUUAUAAUACCAUAUUUCAAACAAUAAUUCAUAAGCUUAUUGGCAAAUCAUGUCAACCAUAAUAUGUCACGUGCAGUGUCUUUAAACUUGAUAAAACACUCCUAUAAUUAGUAUAUAAAGAAUACUAAUACGGCAGUAUCUAUUGUAGUCGUGUUCUCAUUAGUAUUCUUUAUAUAAAGACUACUAACAAGGCAGUAUAUCUAUUGAAUUUGUAGUCGUGUUUGAAGCCGUUUAAUAAACUCGCAGGUCGUGUUUUAUUAGGUCAUCAUUUUAUUGUUGUUGAUUUAGUACAUUAGAUAAAUCUACAAGUCCUAUUUAAAAAACGAGCGGGAGUGUUUUAUUAGGUUAAAAAUCUUUAUAUAAAAAUCUUUAUAUAAAAAUCUUUAUAUAAAAACCUUUAUAUAGUUUGCAUAACAAUGGUCUUUUGUUAAAGUGUUCUUUAGCUGGUAUAAAGACGUAUGCACGUGACUAAUUUCUUACUCAAGAUUGGAUAAUCGCUUCAUGAAUUAUUAAUUAUUUUUUUGAAUGUAGUUUAAUAAUUUCUAGUACUGCGUUUUAAUAAUUUCUUUUCAAUCAUGCAUUUUCUGUCUCUGUCGCUUUUCACACAACUUUGUAUGUCUCACCACCUUUUUGUGCUUUCAUAAAAAAUGCCACGCCAAAUUUUGAAUAAUAACCAAAAAAUAAGAAUGAAGAAUUUAUGCUGACGCUACAAGGCAGUUUUCCACUAGGGCUAGGCGGAAUUUUCCGUGUGGAGCGGAAGUUUUCUUUGUCUUUUCUGAUUAGUUCCACCCGAGAAAUCACAAAACAAAGAAAAAUUUCGUAUAAAUCUCGUAGUGGAUUUUUAAAAAUCUUGUAAAGCAAAACUCAUCUACUAGAAAAUUUUUGUUAUUAUUUUUUUAUUAUUAAUUUUUUUUAUUAUUUUUUUAUUAUAUAAGUUUUUUUUAUUAUUUUUUAAAAUUUUGUUUUUAAAUUUUUAAUUUUUUUUUUACAAAAUGGCGUAAGAAGGUAGUGAGUUUUUUCAAAUAACGAAUCUGGUAGUCGUACACGUGCUCGUUGUCAAAUCUAGAGCUCUCUAAGUAUCUUGAGAAGGAAGGGCCCUUAGUAAAUUUAGCACGAUUAAGCCUCGACAGGUCUAAUUGUUCUUGUUCACCAAAGCGUUGUUCGCCGAAAACGGUCUAUUCGUUCUCAACAGGGUGUCUAAUCACUGAAGCGAUCAAAUUGUGCAGCAGGUGCCAAAACUAUUCUAUGCUAGUAUGGGGUAUAAGCGACCUGAAUAAAGUGGUGCAAAUUCCCGCGCGGAACACAAAAUUUGCAAAUUUCCCAGGGCUAUAUUUUCCUCAUUUUACAACCCAACUUUGCAAUAUUACAAAUUUUAACGUGCUCUUUCUAGCUGUGGUGAUGGAUUUUGUUCUUCUUGCUUAGAUCAAAAUUUAGUCUAUUGCUGGAAUUGCCCAUUUGUCUUUUUCGUUUGCCUGACUCCAUUAUAAUCGCUAUGAUUACAACGGCGUACGAAGGCGUAUACUUUUGCUUGUCUGCGCAUUAUGUUGCUGUAGUUUUGGAAUGAUCAAUAAGUGGUAUUGCAUUUUAAUUUCAUUUUAAUUAAUUGGCGUCAAGUGCAUUUGAUUUCAUGUUGACGAUGUGGAAUGUAUAAUCUCUAUGAUUACGACAGCGUACGAAGGCGUAUACUUUUGCUUGUCUGCGCAUUAUGUUGCUGUAGUUUUGGAAUGAUCAAUAAGUGGUAUUGCAUUUUAAUUUCAUUUUAAUUAGUUGGCGUCAAGUGCAUUUGAUUUCAUGUUGACGAUGUGGAAUGUAUAAUCUCUAUGAUUACGACAGCGUACGAAGGCAUAUACUUUUGCUUGUCUGCGCAUUAUGUUGCUGUAGUUUUGGGAUGAUCAAUAAGUGGUAUUGCAUUUUAAUUCCAUUUUAAUUAGUUGGCGGCAAGUGCAUUUGAUUUCAUGUUGACGAUGUGGAAUGGUUAUAUGGUGAACUAUUUUGAACAAAUUCAGACACAGGUAUGUGGAAUACUUUAUAAUUAUAUUUGUAAGUGGUGUGCAAUUUCUCAGUGUUGAAACAUCACAACUAAUUUCUAACAAUGCAUUCAUGAAGUAGACAAAUGCUUUUGUCAUAUCGUAGGGUGAAAAUAUUGGCGAGGCGCAAGAAGCUUGUAUGUUGUCCUCCAAAG